AUGGCUCUGAAAUUAAGAUUCUUGGCAAUGCUUUUGUUCUUAUUGUUAGCAUCUACAGCUAAAGCUAAUCCUAGUGUGUUUGAUGUGACAAGUGCAACAUACGGUGCAAAGCCUGGCUCUGAUGUCACAAAGGCCUUGGCCAAGGCUUGGAGUGAUGCAUGUGCAUCUCCAUCGGCAAGUAAAGUUGUUGUUCCGAGCGGGACAUACAAGUUAAAAGAAGCAACUUUCAGAGGCCCCUGUAAGGCUCCUAUUGAGAUGCAAGUUCGAGGCACAUUGCAGGCUCCAGCAAACGCUGGCCAAUUCACAAGACCAGAUACUUGGGUUGGUUUUCAAUACAUUGACAAGCUCACCUUAUCAGGUGGUGGGACUUUUGAUGGCCAAGGAGCACUUGUUUGGGGUCAAAAUGACUGCCACAAAAACAAAAUUGCAAACCUAUUCCCAUUAAUCUGA